UAUUGCCACCGCUGGCCACAGCAGCCACCAGAAGAGCAGAGCCACCCGAAGCGCCAGCACGCGAAGACAAAGUCCAGCUACGAAAGCGCAAAGAGACACCAGGCUAGGAAAAUAUAGAGGAAAAAAGUGCGACCAAAAUCGAAUAUUGUGUGCAAGCGAGCCAGCCAGCCAGCCAGCAGUCAAAUUGAGUUCCGUUCGAGUGGCAAACAAACCUGAGUAGCCGCACCGCAAUGAGCUUCACCCGCCAACUGUCCGAGAUGAGUGCCAGCGAGCUGAACGAUGCCAUCGACGACACCAACUUCCCGCAGGCCCACAUCCUCUCGCGCGGUCGCAACAACAGCGUCUGCUCAACAAGUAGCACUUCGGGCACCUCUUCGCUGGCGGACAAGCCGCAGCCCCAGACGGAGGAGUCCACUGCCAUUGCGGGCACGCCCGUCGAGGAGGUGGAUCCUGCUCCUGCACUAGUCCCGGUGGCCGGCAAUCAGAGACCCCGCCUCAUCCUGAAGACCAACGGCAGCAGUCCGGAUAGCGAUGGUACACAACCGAAAACACCAAUGACACCGCGUACAUCGACAACGCCAGGUAGUGGCCACGAGAAGUGCACGUUCCACCACGACCUGGAGCUGGACCAUAAGCCACCGACACGAGAGGCCCUCCUCCCGGACAUGGCCCGCUCGUACCGCCUGCUAUUGGGCGGCCUGGGCGAGAAUCCCGAUCGCCAGGGACUGAUCAAGACCCCGGAGCGGGCGGCCAAGGCCAUGCUGUACUUCACCAAGGGCUACGACCAGAGUCUCGAGGAUGUUCUCAAUGGCGCCGUGUUUGACGAGGAUCAUGACGAAAUGGUCGUGGUCAAGGACAUUGAAAUGUUCUCCAUGUGCGAGCAUCAUCUGGUGCCCUUCUACGGCAAGGUGUCCAUUGGUUACUUGCCGUGCAACAAGAUUCUCGGACUCAGCAAAUUGGCACGCAUUGUGGAAAUAUUUUCGCGUCGCCUGCAAGUACAGGAGCGUUUGACUAAGCAGAUCGCAGUGGCCGUGACUCAGGCUGUGCAACCUGCUGGAGUGGCAGUUGUCGUAGAGGGAGUCCACAUGUGCAUGGUGAUGCGGGGCGUGCAGAAAAUCAACAGCAAAACUGUUACCUCAACUAUGCUGGGCGUAUUCCGAGACGAUCCCAAGACCCGUGAGGAAUUCCUGAACUUAGUCAAUAGCAAAUAGAGUGGAGACUAGAGGACGAUACUGAAAUCCGAGACCAACUAAAACCCCUACAAUAUUUUUGGAGGCGCU